CCUGCGAGCCCCGCGCGCGCGGCGCCCUCUUCCGCGCAUGUGUGCCCUUCCUGUUCUCACCGCAGUGCCCCGGGGGCGGGGGCGAGUCCGGAGGCUCUAAGUACCGCGCCCGGUUGGUCUUCGUCUGGGCUGGAGAUCUCUGUCUUCACCCAAAGGCUGCAGAAAAUGACCAAGUCCCAGGGACCAGUAUCAUUCAAGGACGUGGCUGUGGAUUUCACCCAGGAGGAGUGGCAGUAUCUGGACCUUCCCCAGAGGGAUCUAUACAGGGAUGUGAUGCUAGAGAACUAUAUCAACCUCAUCUCAGUGGGAUAUCAAACCACAAAGCCAUCUGUGAUCCACAAGUUGGAACAAGGUGAAGAACCAUGGAUGGUGGAGAGAGAAAUCCCAAAUUGGAACUAUGCAGAAGAAGUCUGGCAACUUGAUAACCCCUUGGAAAGACACCAAGAGAACCAAGAAACAUUUUUGAAACAUGUUGCAUUCAUUGACCAGGAAACUGUGACUGGGGAAAAGGGCAACAAAUGUAAUGCACUUAGAAAUAUAUUUCCUCUGAGCACAGACUUUGUUUCUUCCAAACAAAGACUCCAAAAAUAUGCCUCCUAUGGUAGGAGUUUGAAUUAUUUAGGCUCAUUUAGUGGUAACAGAAGAAAGAAUGAAUGUAGCGAAUGUGGGAAAGCCUUCUUCCAGAAGUCAGACCUCAUUAUACAUAAGAGAACUCAUACAGGAGAAAAGCCCUUUGUGUGUACGGAGUGUGGAAAGGCCUUCAGCAAGAAGUCCAACCUUGUUAUCCAUUUGAGGAUCCAUACUCAAGAGAAACCUUACGAGUGUACUGAAUGUAGAAAAUCUUUCGCCCAUAAGUCACACCUCAUCGAACAUCAGAGAAUCCACACUGGGGAGAAACCCUAUAAAUGUGGUGAGUGUGGGAAAGCCUUUUUCCAAAAAUCACACCUCAACAUUCAUCAGAGAACUCAUACUGGAGAGAAACCCUAUGGGUGCGAUGAAUGUGGGAGAGCCUUCAGCAUGAAGUCACACCUCUUUGUACAUCAGAGAAUACACACAGGAGAGAAACCUUAUGUGUGUACCAGGUGUGAGAAAGCUUUCAGUGAAGUGUCAUGCCUUAUGAGACAUCAGAAAAUCCAUACUGGGGAGAAACCUUAUGAAUGUAAUGAGUGUAAAAAAGCCUUCUCUGAGAAGUCUGACCUCAUUAUACAUCACAGAACUCACACAGGAGAAAAGCCCUACAAAUGCAAUCAAUGUGGGAAAGCCUUCAGACAUAGCUCAGCCUUCUGUCGACAUAAAAGGACUCAUCAAGAAAAAAUUCCUUAAAAGAAACUAAUAUGGGAAUAUCUACAAAUAAAAGCCUCAGUAGAAAUCAAAUCUUAGUAUGUAUCAAGAAGUCAAGCCUAUUCAACAUAUUUUUAAAGUAUGUAGCUAUGUUUUUGUAGAAAUCGUAUUCCAUAUGUGAUGCCAAAGCAUUUCUCAAAGAUAUUACAGAAAGUACACCUCGUUGAAGGAUAAACGCUCACUAUGGCCUACAAAGACCUUUGGAAUAUUAGUAAGUGGACUAGUCAGAACAAAAUUAGAAAAGCAUAUGUGGACAAUUUGCAAAGUAUGAAAGCAUUAUAGUCCUAGUUGUAUUAUAAUAUGUUAUACGCCACAUAACAUAAAUCAUAUAUUGGAAUUGUAUAUUUGAAGUUAACAUAAAUAUGAAUAUAAAAUAAGUAUUACAUGUACAAUGCCAUCUACCAAGAUCUUCC